GAGAUGAAACAGAGAGAAUUAUCUGUCAUGUGCAAAAAUGAAAGUCAACUGAUACAAGUUUCUGGCUACAAAAACAAAUAUUUUAAGACAGACGGUGUUGAUUUACUAGAUGACAGUUUGAGGAGCUCACCAAUAUAUUGUAUGUGGAAAAAGAAAUGUACGAUUAAGAUCAGACGAAAAGGAUUGAAGAGGAGGAAAAGAUGGUUUGAGAAUAACAUGCGAUGUCUCAAAAAAGAUACAAAGAUCUAUGAUUUGAUCUCCAAGGAAACAUCCGAAAAGGACGCUAUUAGAGAGUUAGGAGAACAGACAACUAUUGUCCGAAGUCAACGUAAUUUUCCUUGGAAUUACUUAUAUUGUUAUGCUGAUUUGAUUUAUUCUUUAAAGUUUAAAACUUACAAAAAGCACAUUAAUUCCACUUUGGCACUGCGGGUUCUGUGGUCUGACAUCAACAAAAUUCGCGGCGACCAUCUAGUUAUUCAGCAUGGAAACGAUUCCAAAAAUAUAAGAAGAGGGUCUGAUUAUCUAGAAAUUGCCAUUUCUGAUCUGAAGCAUAUAAAACUUGAAUUCAAAACGAAUUUCGUGGCUCAUGAAAAUUGUGUGGACUCUGGAAGCAGGGGUUUCCUAAUCUGUAUGAAAAUUGUAAGCAGUAUGCAGAACAAUUCGAUAUGUGAUGAAGUGAUGGACAAAGUAAGCGCUCAAACGUUCAUCAAACAAAAUAAAAGAGGUAAGAAAAGGAGGAAAAGAAAUAGAAGAAGAAAGAAAGGAAAAAGAAAUAAAAAGAGCGAAAAAAGAAAUAGAUCGUGUCGCUAAAAUCUUUUAAAUGUUUUCUCCUAUUUACUGUAAAAAUAGAAACUUGUAAAAUAAGAGAAGAGUUUUAAUUUGUUCUAUGUUACGUUUUGUAGUUUGACAUUCAAUGUUAGAAACACAAGUUUUUGUUUCGUAAUUUCUUUAAAUAACGGAAAGCCAACUUUAUCCAAAAAAUAUAGUAAUAUAUAAUCGGUAGAAAGAUAUUCUAAUGCGGUGUUCUUAUUUUACCAGUUGUAGAUCUGUUUGCUACAAGAUUGCUUUCACUUGUUUCAGUUCAGUAUAUUACGAGACAGUAAAUAAUAUCUAAUGUUCAUGUACCUUUUCCAAGUUAACAGAAAAUAAAGAAAUCAAUUUUUUAACUUAAAACAGCUUAUCAAAAACUCAUAAAUAAUUCGGGCUGCAAAAUUUUUUCGCCACUGAAAAGUCAGUGCGGUUUAAUCUAUGGAUCCAUACAAUUCAAAAUUCGAUUAUAUCCAAAAACGAACAAGACACCCUUUAUCAAGUAGGCUAGCGUUUAGAUUUAAAAGCUGAUUAAUGGUUUUCUACAUUUAAAUGUUGGAGUCAUGGAUUCGUUGAAUAAGAUAUCAUAUUAUGUCAUGUGUUGUAUUAGAAUAUAAAUACAUUUUCUGUACAUAUUUUUUCUGAAUGUCGCACAUGGCUUACACUGGAUUUUUUCCUCUGUAAAAUUUUGUUACAUGGCUGUUAGCCUGUUAUAAAUCUCUUAUGAAGUCAGAAUUUUGCAAAUUCGAUGAACGUUAUACCUUCAUUCUACGAUAAAUGGACCAAUUCAGGGUAUAAAACAUGAAAAAAUAAUUGUUUCAAAUAGCUAAGUGAACAUCAUAACUCACUAAAUGACAAAUCAGUGAACUUACCAAAAAAAAAAAAAGAAAAAAAAAAAAAAGAAUUGUCCACAAAUCUGGUAUCGUUAACUUUUUACAACAAUUUCAAUAUACCAUUGAUUUUAAUGUAAUGUUGCGGAAGUUAAUGCUGAUCAAAGUCUUAUUAUUUUUAAAUAAAGCUGAAUUUGAACAUUUUUUAGUUUCUGAUGUUCAGUAUAGAACGCUUAAGUAUGAUUCAUGAAGUCUCGCAUGAAUCCGAAAUUAAGUAAAAAUUUCGGGAAAAAUAUCGUUACGGAAGUAAAUCGUUACGGAAGUUAAUUCCAAGCUAUAAAAGUUAAAAUUCUCGGCAACAGUUAAAAUUAAAGUUUGUUUUAGGAUAUAAAACAAAAGUAUGAAGCAUUUCGCUCCCAAAAUAAUAAAUAAAAGUUUAUACCUUUAAUGCAAAAACUUUCCUGAAUUACCGUUACGGAAGUUAAAUUUUUAGGAGAGACAACUGUUUUUGUCUAAUUAAUUGUGUUAUGUCGAAAAUGUAAUCGUCUAUAAAAGCUGACUCGCAACUAGAAUCGAUGGCAUUAGGUUCCGUGGUCACUUUCAGAUAGGUUUCAGUUCUUUUUGAAAUCUGCAUUCUGUGCGUGAAAUUUAAAGCAAAAUCGUUACGGAAGUUAAUCGAUUUUUAGCGACAUGCUAUGAUUUCACAUGAAAGAAGAUCCAUGCAUUUCUUUGCGAGAAGUGCUUUGUUCUCUUUUUAAAAUUGAAUAAAAAACUUUUUUAACAUUCAUUGCAAUCUAUUCGGAACGCUUUUACGGCUGAAAAUUUCAUCUUGAAAUUUGUAAAUGUAUGAAGCGUAUGCAGUGUAUGCAGUGGAAUACGUUUUUCAACAUUACAGUAUGUUCAUAUCAAAACUUUAACUGCAUAUAUAUCGGUAAAUUAUUACAAAACCAUGUGUGUAUGUUAAGUCUUAGAGUUGAAAUCGACCUUUAAAUCUAUAGUUAAGAUAUUACAACGGUAAAUUUGUAAGCGAUAUAAAAAAUUCUUAAUUGGUCAUGUUUUUGUAGAAUAGCUGUAACAUGACCUUCAUUGCAAAUACAGACAUUGUAUUUGACUGAUCUGUGACAUAACAAAAUUGUUAGGCCAUCAUUUCAUACCAAUUACUCCGUUGAUUCAUCAAUACAGAAGGCUCAAGGCGGGUGUGACGGUCACAGGGGAUAUGACGGUCACAGGGGAUGCUUACUCCUGCUAGACACCUGAUUCCACUACUUGUGUUUCCAGGAUUCUGUCUUUUACCCUGUUCACGAUAAGUAUCUUUUGCAGCCCGAGAUUUAUGAGAUUGAUCACUGUCCACUAUUAUAAUAUUUUUCAUACAUGUACAUACAUAUGAGAAGAAGUUAAUUUUGCAUAGUGUUUUCUUAAGUUCAAAUAGUUCUUUACCCUUGUGUAAAUAUGUAUAUUUUAUUAUUGUUUUUCGUAAUCCAAAUAAAAUAUAACUUUAAUAA